CUUCCAUGGGCCCACAUUUUUCAAAGCCCAAAGUCCCUCAAGACCUUGGCCCAAGACAAGUGCACUUCACGCGUGACCAAACUAGGGUUUUUGGGGAAACUGAUAUUAAAACCGCAAAGCCCUUCACCUUUGCAUCACCACAGAGAGGAGCAGGCAGCCAUGGCAAGGAUCAAGGUACACGAGUUAAGGAACAAAUCAAAGACAGAGCUGUUGAGCCAGCUCAAGGAUUUAAAAGCUGAACUUUCUCUCCUUCGUGUGGCCAAAGUGACUGGUGGUGCCCCCAACAAGCUCUCCAAGAUUAAGGUGGUGAGGCUAUCGAUUGCCCAAGUGUUGACAGUGAUAUCCCAGAAACAGAAGGCUGCAUUGAGGGAAGCCUAUAAGAGGAAGAAGUUUUUGCCUCUUGAUCUCCGUCCCAAGAAGACCAGAGCUAUUCGUCGCCGCCUUACCAAGCACCAGCAAUCAUUGAAAACAGAGCGGGAGAAGAAGAGGGAGAUGUACUUCCCAAUGAGGAAGUAUGCCAUUAAGGUGUAAGCUUGACAUUAAUUUUGGAGGCAUAACUUUGUGUUAGAUUCAAAGUGCAUACUCAAGGAUAUUGUUUGAAUUUUGUUGUUGAAUUUCACUUUCCUUAUGAUCUUUCCUUUUUCGAGUUUUCUUUCUCUCUUCUAUGAAUUAAUCGAACUAGAAGUGUUGAUUGAGCCUUUCUUUUAUAAAAUUGUAUGCUUCAUUGCAUUUAUCAUA